AAUUUAUUUUAGAACAAAAAUAGUAAUAAUCCAUUACACCUCCCGAAAUUUCGCUUGCUCGGCUGGAUCCUCUGACUCUCCCAGUCUCCACGCCCACAGCCGCAACAACUGGUUAAAAAGAUCCCCGCGACGCGCACGCGACGCGACGACCACCCAGCCACGCGCGACGCGCCGCAGCAGCCGCGCCCGCCAUGGCGAACCCCAUCAUCCCGAGCAGCAGCGGCAGCGACGGGGAGGAGGCGAGGACGAAGCUCGGGCGGCUGAACGCGGCGGUGGAGCGUUCGUGGGUCGGGCGGCGGUUCAAGCUGGCGGCGCGCGGGUCGACGUUCACCACGGAGCUCCGCGCCGGGACGACCACGUUCCUCACCAUGGCCUACAUCCUCGCCGUCAACGCCUCCAUCCUCUCCGACUCCGGCGCCACCUGCACCGCCGACGACUGCGACGCGCCGUCCCCGGCGUGCAGGUUCCCGCCCGUGGACCCCGGGUACGCCGCCUGCGUGGCCCGCGCGCGCCGCGACCUGAUCGUCGCCACGGCGGCGUCGUCGGUUAUCGGCUCCUUCAUCAUGGGCACCUUCGCCAACCUGCCCAUCGCGCUCGCCCCCGGGAUGGGCACCAAUGCCUACUUCGCCUACACGGUCGUCGGGUUCCAUGGCUCCGGCACGCUCCCCUACCGCACCGCGCUCGCCGCCGUCUUCCUCGAGGGACUCAUCUUCCUCUUCAUCUCCCUCGUCGGCCUGCGCUCCAAGCUCGCCAAGUUCAUCCCCAAGCCCGUCCGGAUAUCGUCGUCGGCGGGGAUCGGGCUCUUCUUGGCGUUCAUCGGGCUGCAGAGCAGCGAAGGCGUGGGCCUCGUCGGGUUCAGCUCGUCGACGCUCGUCACGCUCGGCGCGUGCCCGGCGUCGCAGCGCGCGUCCGUGGCGCCGGUCGUGACGUUCCCCAAUGGCACGGUGGCGCUCAUGCCGGGCGGCACCGUCUCCGGCGGGAUACUCUGCCUGUCCGGCCGGAUGACCUCCCCGACCUUCUGGCUCGCCGUCGUCGGCUUCCUCAUCAUCGCCUUCUGCCUCAUCAAGAACGUCAAGGGCGCCAUGAUCUACGGCAUCCUCUUCGUCACCUUCAUCUCCUGGCCGCGCAACACCGCCGUCACGGUGUUCCCGGACACGCCCGCCGGCGACGAGAGCUUCGGCUACUUCAAGAAGGUGUUCGACGUGCACCGCAUCCAGUCCACCGCCGGCGCGCUCGACUUCCGGGGAGCCCGCCACGGCUACUUCUGGGAGGCGCUCUUCACGUUCCUGUACGUGGACAUCCUCGACACCACGGGGGGGCUCUACUCCAUGGCGAGGUUCGCCGGCUUCGUGGACGACGCGACGGGGGACUUCGAGGGGCAGUACUUCGCCUUCAUGUCCGACGCGACGGCCAUCGUGUUCGGGUCGCUGCUGGGGACGUCGCCGGUGACGGCGUUCAUCGAGUCGUCGACGGGGAUCAGGGAGGGCGGGAGGACGGGGCUGACGGCGCUCACCGCGGCGGCCUACUUCGCGGCGGCGCUGUUCGUCACGCCGCUGCUGGCGUCGAUCCCGUCGUGGGCAGUUGGCCCGCCGCUGGUGCUCGUCGGCGUGAUGAUGAUGCGCGCGGUGGCGGAGGUGGACUGGGCCGACAUGAGGCAGGCCGUGCCGGCGUUCCUCACCCUGGCGCUCAUGCCGCUCACCUACUCCAUCGCCUACGGCCUCAUCGGCGGCAUCGCCUCCUACAUGCUGCUCAACUCAUGGGACUGGGCCUGCCACGCCGUCGCGGUGCUCCGCUCCCGGCGCCGGAGAGGGGCGCGCGCCGAGACGAGGAGCGCCGCCGCCGGAGACAAUGGGGAACAGAGGAAGAACUUGGAAAUGGCUUAAUUAGCUUUUUUUUUUGCAUAAUUUCCUUUUUAAAAGAUUUAGAAGGUGAUUAGGAUUUGCUAUAUAUACUGGAAGAUGGUUCAAAAGGCUUAGUAGGAUGUUCAAGUAAAGUUAUUAAUCAAGUUUCAGUCCCUGAGUGCCUGUCCAUUUUCGGAGGUAAUAUAACAAAACAAUCAUCAUUUGAAAAAAAAAAA